CUGAAGCGGGAGCCUAAGCUGAGGUGUAGGCCCGGGGAACCGCAGCCCGGACUGGUGGGCCGGGGGGCUUUGGUCAUGUUUCCCUUCUGGCCCCGUAGCCCCGACGGGGACCUUACGGCUGGGUCUGAGGAGCCGGGGCCCCAGGGUGAGCAGGCGGCCGCGUCCGGGCCGCCCUCUCCGGCUUCCCCGCCUGCGCCUCCACAGCCCCGGGCUGAUGCGGCCCCUCCCCCGCUGGCCGCCCGGAGCCCUCGCCGUCCCGGCGCCCCCGUGCUGUCCCCAGCCGCGCGCGCGGGCGAGGUGGCGUCGGCGGGAACUCUCGAGUCGGCUGCUUCCCCCCAGGGACAUCCGUCGCCGCCAUCCCCCCCGCGCCGGAGGCCGGGACCGGACUGCAAGGCCGGGAGCAGGGGCCGACAAGACCCGAGUGCAGGCCUGGGCGGUCCUGGCGCCAGACUAUUCGGGUGGUUGAGAGAGCGCAGCCUGGGCCGCGGGCUGUUCGUGGACCCGGCGAGGGACAAUUUCCGCACGAUGACCAACCUCUAUGGCUCCAUCCAUCCCGCGGACUCGGUGUACCUUAGCACCCGCACGCACGGGGCCGUCUUCAAUCUCGAGUACUCGCCCGAUGGGUCAGUGCUAACAGUUGCUUGUGAACAGACUGAAGUUCUGCUUUUUGACCCUAUAUCUUCAAAGCACAUAAAAACACUUUCUGAAGCUCAUGAAGACUGUGUAAAUAAUAUCAGAUUUCUUGAUAACCGGCUGUUUGCAACCUGCUCUGAUGACACUACAAUAGCACUGUGGGAUCUGAGAAAAUUGAACACCAAAGUAUGCACUUUACAUGGUCACACUAGCUGGGUGAAGAACAUCGAAUAUGAUACUAAUACAAGACUAUUAGUAACAUCAGGAUUUGAUGGAAAUGUCAUUAUUUGGGACACUAACAGGUUUGUGAGUAGAAGACCAUGA